AUGUCGACGAUGUCUCCCGCGGCGGAGGGCACCGAGGCGUCCGCGGCAACACAAGCGAGAGGGGCUGCUGACCUCGUCAGCAGCGCCAGCGGGGCGCAGCUUGCCUCGUCCUUGAUUUUCCCCAGCAUUACCAGGCAGCCGCGGCCCGGCAUAAUUGCGCGCGAUGGCACGGAGGACUUGGGCAUGAGAGAGAGAGACGACGGCAAAAGCCCCGACUUUGAGGUGAACCUGGGCAAGGUGAUCUCCACGCUGAGGGAGGACUACCCGCGGAUAUUCUUCGACCCCCCCGCGUUCGACAUCUUUACCGAGGAGAUCGAGCUGCGCGAUCCGACGGGCGUGGCGUUCCGAGGCAUCUCGAACUACAAGCGAGUGUUCGCGACGCUCCGGUUCUUCCGGCAGACGUUCAUGAACGACGCGACCACCACCUUCCGCCUCACCUACGACUGGAGCAAGCAGCAGGUGCGCGUGACGUGGAACGUGGUGCUCCAGCUCAAGGCCCGGCAGCGGCCCAUCUACGUCGACGGCAUCUCCGCCUACCACAUCAACAGCGACGGCCUCGCCUACCGCCACGACCUGGAAACGGUGGUCGUCAACGGACGCGCCGUCGAGCCCCCGUUCGCCUACGCGUGGAUCAACCUUCCCGCCUGGGUCUCCCGCGGGGCGGUGGCCAAGCCGGCGGGCGCGGGCGCGGCACUACCUACCCCCCACGCGGUGGUCGGCGGGGCCCCCACGCAGCUGUUCGAGCAGCAGCAACAGGGUGAGGCGGACGACGCCGCUGUCGGCGCCAUGUUCGACGCCGCCAGGACGGACUCCGAGCUCCGCGGGGACUACAUGCAGGCGCUCUCGACGGUGCUGAUGAUGGACACGGACGGGGUAGCGGAGAGCGGCGGCGGCGAGGGCGCCGCCGCCGGUGCGACGCCGGACGGCGACGGGAGCGGCGAGGACGGGGCAGCAGCCGCCGCCGCCGCCGCCGCCGCUAACCAGAAGAGGGCGAGGGCGGAGAAGGAGAAGAAGAACAACGCGGGCGGGUGGUUCGGCUCCAAGGGGGCGGAACUCGCGUGCGAGACGUCCUGGGACUGCACAGGCGGCAUGGUCUGCUGCGACUUCGUCCUCCUCAAGGUGUGCUGCAGCAACGGCAUCCGGCAGCCCAAGUUCGGCGAGCUCAUCCCGAGCCUGGUGCCUAUCCCCGGCAGGGGCAGGAACGAGAACGACAACCCAAAGAGGAUUCCGCCCGCCGGAGGUCGAUCGCGGCCGCCUCAACGACCGGGAACUUGGUGA